AUGAAUCAGGAAGAUAAUACAGGUGGAGGGGGCAUUUUUGGUCUGUUCAAGUGGACCAAGGAUGCGCUGUUUGGUACGGAUGUAUCACCCUCAAUGAAAUAUAAAGAUCAAGCAGAACGAAGAGACCGGUCUCGGUAUGCCCAGGAUGAUACGAAUUACGGGAUGAACUUUGGAAACGGUUUCAAUAGAAGGAGCGCGAAUCGAUCAAGGUCGAAUUCUUGGUCUGGUUUGGACACAACGUACCACAGGAAGUAUGAAUUACUCCCUGAGUACGACGAGAAUGGCGUUGGCUCAAUUGAUAACAACAAGUACUAUGGCAAAGAUAGAGUACGAUCUUUGCGAAGUCCCGCGCCGGUAGUACCGAGAGAACCACUUCGUAACGAACCUACAGAUACAUUUGGCCACAAACUGCAUACUAAAAGGAGACCUCUGAAUGAGUUUUCCAAUUCUCAGAUACCCUUUAUACCACCUCGAGAAGACGAUCCUUUGAUUUCCAAAUUAUUUCAGAAAGGUGAAGCUAGCGAAGUGAGAAAAUCGCCCUAUAAGCUAUCGGUUAACGAUAUUCCAGGCAAAUUUCCAUCUCCUUGGAAGAAACGUGAUGAAUUGGACAAUUACCGAGCCCGGGACGAAGACGUAUGUCAGAGAAACAUAGAGUAUAAAAAGGCAUAUUUUGGACUUUUUGCGCAGAUGGAUUUGAAUAAUCGGGAUUUAAAUGAUUUAUGUGAAGAUGUUAGAGAGCAGCGUGAGCAAUUCCACAAGAACGAGCAAACUUAUAAGCAAGCAUAUGAGGAAAUGCGAGCAGAAUUGGUAAAUGAGUUGAAAAAAUCUAAGACACUUUUUGAAAAUUACUAUUCAUUGGGCCAGAAAUACAAGAGUUUGAAAAAGGUUCUUGAUCAAACGAUUAGUCAUGAAGCUGAGUUGGCCACCUCUAGAGAACAGCUAUAUCGGGAGGAGGAUCUGAAAAUUUUUGAAAUACAAACCCUGAAGCAAAGACUUUCUGAUUUAGAAUUGAAAUACUCUAAUUUGCAGAUAGAAAAGGAUAUGCAACGAGACAAUUAUGAAUCCGAGAUACAUGAUUUAUUAUUACAACUAAGCCUCCGUGAAAACGAAAGAAAAGAUACUUCUGCUGGCUCGAACAUUUUUUCAACUGUACGAUAUGACAGGACUCCGUUUCACGAUAGCAACAAUAGUUACGACUCUAAUUCGCAUUCAUGGGACACUGAUUAUUUGAAAAAUAUAGACGGAUUUAUAGAGCGCUGA